GGCCCACAGACCGUGUGUUUGACACAACUGGUUUUCCGUGAACGAGUUGUUUAUAAUCAGAUUGCUUCUGUGGCCCAUGUUAGUGACUGGGAUUUAACUUUGCUCUCAGUGCCACAAGCAUAAACCACCAACAUUUCAAAACCCUAAUACCUUACACUGCUCCAACAACACCGGCUCUCGCCUGAGGUCACAGGAUAAUGUCGUUAUGCAAAACAGUCUGAGCUGCUUAGUCGACAGCAGGCUCACUUCAUGGUCCGCUGCACGGACGCCGCUAUGCCGAAAAUCAAAAGCAAAACAAAGAAAAUGAAGAAGAGGGUCAGCAAAAAGGAGGGCAAAGGUCAGAGCGGAAACUCAAUCUUUGACGUGCAGUUGCAGGACUUCACCAGCAGAGGUCGUUCUGGUAGCAGAGACACCGCUGUGAUGCCUCCGCUGCAGGAAUCAGCACUACAGAAAAGGAAGAGGAGGAGGAAAACCAACUGGACUGUAGAUAUGAGUGAAGAACUCGCUGUAGCCAAUGGAAACAUUGAUCACUUUGGGGCUGACAGUGAGGGGACCACUACCCCUAUAACCAGGAAAACAAAAAGAAAGUGGAAGACUAACGCGACAGAAAACUACAGCAUUGACCUGAGAGCUGAAAACGAUGAUGUCAUCACUGACAUCCAGUCACCGCUCCCUCAGCAGUCCUUGUUCUUCACUCCUCAUGGUCUCAGUCAGUCCGUCGGCAAAGUCUUCGUGGACGGAAACCGUCAUUUUCACGCAGAGAGAGCGGAGCCCACAGGGUUGAUGGUUGACUACUCGGACCAAAUACAGUCCUGGACCAAAAGAGAUGUGGCCAUGAGGGUUCACAGUGGCUUCAGGGUGAUUGGUCUUUUCUCUCAGGGGCUCCUUGCUGGUUUUGCUGUCUGGAGUGUUAUUGUGGUUUAUAUUUUAGCUGGUGAUCGCAUGAGCACUCUUACCAACCUGCUGGUGCAGUACCACCCACUGGCCUAUCUGAGUCAAUCACUACAGUACCUGCUGCUGACCAUUAGCACCGUGUCUGCCUUUGACAGACUGAAUCUGGGUAAAACCUCUACAGUCCUGAGCCGACUACUCACUCUGGACUCUGCGGCUCUGACCUCAGUCUUGUAUUUUAUCAGUCUGACUCUGUCACUGAGUCAACAAAUGACCAGCGAUCGCAUCAACCAUUAUCCAUCAGCCAAUCACACGCUCUGGCCUCCAAGUUCAGAGCAGCAGAUCCUCAGACCAUGGAUUGCAGUCAACUUUGUGGUGGCACUGUUAGCGGGCGCAGCUUGGGCUGUCAUCUCUACUGGACCUGACAUCGACUACACUGAAGAGUUUUUGAUGUCAAUGGAAGUGCAGGGAAACCCAAGAGGAGAGGGCCUUGAUGUACCUACAUAAAAAGUCUGACUAAGUAGAAGUGUCCUUGUUUAUUUGUGUAAUUUCUCUUAAAAUUAUUUAUUACGCUACCUUAGAAUACCGUUUUAAAUAAAUAAAUAAACUUAAACGGCUAUCAAACUGAUGUGUUUUCCUGUUUGUACUAAAUUCCAGUUGCUAUUCGGGAUAGGCAUCAACAGUGAGUCUUCUUAAUAUUUUAUUUAUUAAUUAAAUUUACAAUCAAGUAAUGGAUAUAAUAUAACAUGCAUAGAAUAUCUU